AUGGAAGAGAAACAACGCAAAAACUCAAAGUUUAGUCCUCCGAAGUGCGCUGCAGAAAGAGUGGUGGGGUUAGAUCUCUCAUUUCAGGGCUUAAAAUCACUCAGCUCCCCGUUUCUGCUGCACACCACAAUCAAGGAGCUAUUGCUGAAUAACAAUGAAAUCGAGCACAUUCCAAGGGAAAUAUACAAGCUGAGAAACUUAGAAAAACUAAAUCUAUCACAUAACAAAAUACGGAGUAUUCCUCCAGAGCUCGGAAAGGCCGUUUCUCUUAAAGAGCUGUACCUCAAUGACAAUUCCAUUUCGAGUGUUCCUAUGGAACUAGGGACGCUGUUUAACCUCGAAAUACUAAACAUCACAAAUAAUCCGCUGAUCGCACCGUUCAACUCGCUCUGUAAAGACAAGACGCUAAUCCAUUUCUGCAGAGAAAACAACACUUCAUAUCCACCGCCAGCCGAUAGGGCAUGGAUAGACAUGGUAUUUCGUAAAGACAACCAGUGCUUGGACAGCAUAGCGGUCGGCACCUUUAAUAUCUUAUCCAACUUUUACGCAGUGAAGUGCACAUAUGCGCCCUCCUGGGUCAUAAAUCCUGAGCUUAGAAGGGAAAACAUCCUAAACAGCAUACUGUCGUACAAUGUGGACAUUCUAGCACUCCAAGAGAUCGAAACAUGCCUGUAUCACGAAUACUACAAAAUCCAACUGGACCAGAAGCUGGAAUACGACAGCACAUUUCUGCCUAGAAGCAGAUCAUUGACACUGGCAGACAAGCGGAUGGUGGAUGGCUGCGCCACGUUUUGGAAAAGGAACAAAUUUAAAUUAAUAGAGCAGAUCAAUGUGGAUUUUUUUCAAAAGAUCAUUACCGAUUCGCGGUUUGCAACCAAUCAGGAUGUAAUAAAUAGAAACAUGCGGAAGGAUAACAUAACUUUGAUUACAGUUUUGGAAAGCCAGGAUGGAUUUCAAACUAUCGUUGUAAAUACACACAUUCACUGGGACCCAGAGUAUUCCGAUGUUAAACUGCUCCAAGCAAUACUGCUUAUAGAAGAUGUCGAAAAGAUACGCCAGAAGUAUAAGCAUGCAUCCAUGCUUUUCAUGGGAGAUUUUAAUAGUCUUAGAGAUUCUCCUGUGUACAAGCUGGUUGCAGAGCAGGAGAUAGAUGGAAGCGGGUUUGGGCUGUACGACUAUACACCCUUUAACGCAGGGUUUAGCCAUAGUAUGAAGCUGCUGGACUCAUAUGGUGGCCAGGACAUAACAUUCACAAACUUCACACCCACAUUCAAAGAAGUUAUAGACUAUAUUUUCUACUCCGAAGAGCUUGUGCUCACGGGAGUAUUGUCGCCAAUAGAAGAGGAGUACACUGCGCAAUGUGUUGGGCUUCCAAACAUUCAUUUUCCAUCUGACCAUGUACUUAUUGGCGCAAAAUACUGUUUGAAAAAUAAACUUAAAAAAAUAGAACCCCCUAAAUAA